UUUCCCAGUCACAUGAUUUUUGUGUUGAUAGUUAAAUUUCGUUACGGCGAUUGACUGUAAUGAAACUGAAACAUUCCAUGAUCUAGACAUUCUCGAGUAGAGAGUAUACUGGUCUAGAUUCUAAACCUGAAAACUGUAUUACAAUAAUAGAUAGGUAGAUCUAGAAUGAUCUAGUAGUAAUCUAUAAUAAUCUAGAUGUAUUUAUAUAGACCAUAGCCGCCAUUGGACUACUAUAAUUUACUUAUUUAUAAUAGACUCAAAAAGGUUACUUUGGACAUUUGUUUAUUCCAAUAAAGAGGACUUGUACAUUAUAUAUUUUUGACUGAUGCGCCUAUCCGGAUAAACAAGAAUUUGAUCAUAUUGAUACACCAUGGCUAUGCCUUUGCCUGGAUAUGGUUUGAUAGGUUCACCUUUUUUUUAUACAUCAUCUCCUCCUCCGUCCCUAUUGAAUCAACAUUUGCUACCAAAGUCUGAUGCAAACACAGAAUCUGCCAUUUUGGUGCAAAUUUUAAACAAAAAGGAAAGUGGUGAGAUGAGCCUGAAAGAACUGUUCACUCAUUUUACUCAAAGUGAAGAAAUCAAGCAAUUAAUCUGGAAAUUAUUAAUUGAAGGAGAGAAAAACUUUCAAAUUGACGGCUGUGCCUCACCAGCAAGCUGCCCUCCUUACACUGGGAAUGAAACCAUAAAAGUAUUAACCAAACUUACGUUGUGUGAAUACCACUGUAAGCAAGGGAAAAACGGGAGCAACAGAAAGUGUAGUGGGAAAUGUGGUGCACUGCAUCUUUGCCGCAAUUUUCUCCUCAAGUCGAGUAACGAGUGCCGUUUCAGCAAGAAACAAAAUUGUAUGUUUGGCCAUGAUUUCCAAGCUCCACACAACAGCAUUCUUUUGAGAGAACAUAAUCUACAUAGGCUCAAUGAGGUAGAGUUACGACAGCUGUUUCGACGUCCUCUCAGUAGAUGCAAGAUAACCACACCUCAAGUUUGUUGGUUUUACAAUAACGAAAAGAAAAAAUGUACUAACAAACGCUGCACAUCACUACAUAUAUGUAUGCAAUACAUUCUCGGCGUGAACCAUUAUAACUGCAACAAGAUGCACUCUUUUGGGGAUGAAACCAUUAGAAAAGUUCUUGAUCUUUAUGAAAUAAAUAGUUCUUGGAAAGAAGAGCAAGUUUGCGAACUCUUACGAAACAUUCACAGAUUAGAGCACACUUCUGAGCAUCUUGAUCCUACCAAUGAGAGUAGUGAUGAUGAAAGCUGCCAGUCUCAAAAGUCAAGUUAUAGUAUCAACUCUGACAUCAUUAGUCAACUUAAUCUUCAUUCAGGAUCUGAUUCACAGCAAGCUGGCUGUGGAGAAUGUAAAAAAUUAUCCCAAAGUUUGGACACAUUAAAGGUUGAGGUGGCCACGGAAAUAAGCUUACUUCAUCAAGAAAUCAAGGAGCUAAAAACAGAAGUUGAAAGAUUAAAAACAUUGAUGGAAGCACCUGCAGCCACAUCUAGAACAGUCAGGCUAUGUCCUAUCACAGGCUUACCAGUUACUGAGUGAUCAUAAUUGCCGAGGAUUCAUAAAUCGUCAGUUGAUAAGAUGAUCAUCUAGAAAGUAAUAUUGACAUCUUUUGUGUAGAUUUUUACAAUAGCACUUUAUAGUACUUAAAACAAAAUGAUCACUUUGCACACUUAGGGAUUUAGUUGUAAUCCAAAUAAAGCAGAUAAAAUGUAUGGCCUAAUGAGUCUUUUGGUUGUAAUUAAUACAAUAGAACAGCAUUUGUGGAUGUGGCCAGGGUCUUACCAGUUGGAAUACAGAAACUGUGAAACUACUUGAUUAUGACAAAAACAUUUUUAAGAGCUAUGCAAGGAAGUGGAAGUUUUUUUUAAAUCUCUUUAAAAAAAUUGACAUCACGUUGAUGAAAAGCGAUUGAAAACUUCUGCAACAUUAAAGUUCUAUCCAGUGUAUCAGAACAGCUUUGAAUGGUACAGAUUUGAUCCAUACAACUCUUAAGAUAGGCUGAAAAAUCGAAACUUUCCAGGCACUGCUCUAGUUUUCUGAUUUUAAAUAUUAAAAAAAACAAACACCUAAAGUUUUAUUCUUUUAUGGGUGACUCUUGCCCUCAAAGUCUGCAUCAUACAGCUAAGAAAACAUUCUUCUAAAUCUCCAUCUUUGCUUGUCUCUUACAAAGCCAUGUGAUCACUCGUUUUAAAACACUUGUUUUAUGCAUCAGUAUUUAUUUUAAAAUGUCUAUUUUAUGUACAUAGCAACUGCUAUUCUAUUCAUCUGUAGAAAUUGUCAAAUGUAAAGUAAUUUGUAUUGAUUUGUAUUUCAAACACUUAAUCUUUGUUGUAAUCACUUCAUUUAUUAAGGUUUACUUAAUUCUUGAUUCAUAUUACAUUUACUUUGGAAUUUUAUGAUGACUUUUAAUUUGUAUUCUAUUUUGUAAACCACUUUUUAUAUGUUUUAUUUGCAUGAAUUAAUGAGUUUAAUGUUUGACACUUUUUUAUGUACUAGUAUAUUGGCUAGGGUAUUUUUUUUUAAUAGGAUCUUAUACUUUAUUUAUAUAUACGUUUACUGAUUCAGACCACUUAUUUAUGUUUCAUAUAUUUUAAUUUUUAUUUUAAUAAACACUGAUGGGCUUUUCAUA